GUCCACACGGGCCGGCCUCCUUUCCCCCCCCCCCUCUUUUUCUCCGGCCAACCGCGCCGCUUGGCGCUAGGUACAAAGGGGGGACCGGGAGUCCUCCGAAAGGGCGGCUCGGCAUUUCGACACGGGGGGUUGUUGACGGUAAGAGAAAAACGAAGCAAAACGCGCCGCGAGAGAUGCGGGAUCCUGCAUGGGAAAGCUGGGUCGUGACUGGUUGACAGCCGACUUUUGAGCCACUAAGCCCAGUAGUCACGCGUGUUUUAGAGACGAGAAGAACAAGAGGAAACAGCCCAUUGGUCAUGGAGGCAAUUCAUCUAGAUGAAAAACCUCCCUUGAAUGCUGAAAACUCAUUUAAAAAACACGAGAGCAACAAAAAAGGAGCACUUACAGAUAUUGAAAAGCUUUAUCAAGCAGUACCUCAGCUUGCAAAUGUGUUCAGAAUCAAAGGGAAAAUUGGUGUAGGAACUUUUAGUUCUGUUUACUUGGCAAUAGGCCAUCUACGAGGAGGCCGUGAAGAAAAAGUGGCUCUGAAACACUUGAUUCCUACCAGUCAUCCUGUACGAAUUGCCGCUGAACUUCAGUGUCUCAUAAUGCAGGGUAUGACAAGAUAUGUCAUGGGAGUUAAAUAUUGUUUUAGAAAAAAUGAUCAUGUGGUAAUCGUUAUGCCUUAUCUGGAACAUGAAUCAUUUUCGGACAUCUUGGAUUCUCUCUCAUUUGAAGAAGUAAGAAACUACAUGUUUAACCUCUUGAGAGCUUUGAAGCGCAUUCAUCAUUUUGGUAUUGUUCAUCGUGAUGUCAAACCCAGUAAUUUCCUGUACAACAGGCAACUGCAACAAUAUGCGUUGGUUGACUUUGGCUUGGCACAAGGAACUCCUGAGACAAAAGUGGAACUUCUUAAAAUUAUUCCAUCGGAAACUCAGCAAAGGAGUUCUGCAUACAACAAAUCUCCGUUAACCGUGGGGAGCCAAGUUACUUCCCCAACAUCAAGGCAGCUCGUUCAUCAGUCAGCUGCAAAAACAGCUAAUAAGAGGCUUUCUUCCAUUUCACAAACACAGAUUAAACAAGGACACAAAAGAAAGGAGGAUCCAGACUGUCAUUGUGUUCAGCGUUCAGUUUUUGGGGAGAAAAAUUUCAACGUGCGAAGCUCAGCAUUUCAAGGCCGUUCCACAGUUAAACAACCUAGGAUAAUGGAUAUUCCAGUUAGGAAACUGUCGGUGAAGAAGAAGGCAACUUCAGUUGUGAAUAAUGGUUUAGGCAAGAAAGCCGCUAGCAGCACCCAGGCUCACUUGACCUGCGACUGUUACGCAAAAGAUAGCGUCUGCACCAUUUGUCUUUCAAGACGUCAGCAGGUUGCCCCAAGGGCAGGUACUCCUGGAUUCAGAGCACCAGAAGUAUUAACGAAGUGCCCUAAUCAAACUACAGCAAUUGACAUGUGGUCUGCAGGAAUUAUAUUUCUCUCUCUGUUGAGUGGUCGGUAUCCAUUUUACAAGGCUAGCGAUGAUUUAACAGCUUUGGCACAGAUCAUGACUAUUCGUGGCUCCAGAGAAACCAUUCAAGCUGCUAAAACAUUUGGUAAAUCAAUCCUGUGUAGCAAAGAAAUCCCAGCACAGGAUUUAAAGAAACUCUGUGAAAGGCUGAGGGGGAAAACUACCCACUUUGACAACUCGGCAGGUGAUGUACAGAUGCAUCCUUCUCAAGAAUUUCCUUUAACAGUUGGAAUAGGCAACGUGUCAGAUUCUGCCUUUCAGGCAUCCAAAAAGCACAUACAAUAUCAAAAACAAAGCACUCACGAAGAUGGUGGUAAAGAAAAGAAAACUUUACAAAAGUCAUCUGAUCCCAAAGGAUGGGACAGAGUUCCUAAUAGCGCCUACGAUCUCCUUGAUAAACUAUUGGACUUAAGUCCUGCUACAAGAAUGACAGCAAAGGAGGCUUUGCUGCAUCCCUUUUUCAGAAACGUGAAGCAAUAAAAAGACUUGACACUCUA